AUGAAUAUGUUGGAUGAUGAAGAUGACCAAAGCUUUCACGCUACGCGUGACGGCUACUCCCAUUUGAGCGAUGUCGAAUGGGAUGCGGUUGAACGAAUGGGUUCGACCAUGGGCAUCCAUGCUGUUAGCGUCAUGCUAGAGGCUCUCAAUAGAGAUGCCCAACAUGCUACUAUCGCCAAGUUCAUUCAAAAUGAACUUGACGCUGAACGCGAGAAAGUAGCCUUGCUUCACCAACAAGGUUCUCAACAAGCAGAGUUGUUGAGAGAACAAGGUGCUCAACAGUUUGAACUGUUGAGACAGCAGCAGGCUGCUGCUGGCGGGUCGAUGCACUCGCGUCGACCCGAGACUUUGAAGAUUGACAUCUCAAAGUAUAGGGGGUCGAAGAAGGCUCCCUAUUGA